AUGGCAGGGCAAGGUAUCGUUAAUGCAACCUUUCAAGUCGUUUCUGGCGCGCUGUGCUUCGGGUCCUUGAGCGAGAUUCUCAAGGGCUCCCACGCGACAAUCCAAGUCGCACCAACACCAAGGCCACAAGGCAGCGGCACAAUUUUGCGCCAGCCCCUCCAGUACAACGUCGCAGCAAGGAACGGGUCAUGGAACAAGUUUGCGUUGCUCAACGUGGAAAGUUCAAAUGUGGAAGGUUGGUUCGCGGCGCACUCGGCCGUGGAUCCGCUUCGUGAGCUGGUCAACAUCUUGCGCGUGUCUGGCUCUCCGUACGAAUACGACGCGGGCGACAAGUGGAACAACGACAGGACGAGGGCGGAGCGGGUGCUCGUCAUUAACCGCUACGACUGGGGCAUGAGCCAUGACGACGAUAUCACUCGAGCUGAGAUGCAGGAGGAGGGAGAUGUGUUCGCGAACACGAAUAGUAUCGGGCUGCCGCAGAGGCGCUUCUGCGCAUGGCGUGUGGAUGUACAUGGGGAAUACAUGUUUGGCCGCUUUGGCUUCGACGACGACUACAAAGAGGCCCGCUCGUUCCUCUUCUUCGCCCAACGCACAGACUUUUACACGACCAAGUUCCCAGGAGAGCCGGGGCCACUUAGGAAGUGGGAAAGGGUUCUUGACAGGCUCCAGCACGGCUUGCGUGCAGGUGAGGACCACUCGGGCGUUAAGCGGUUGCGCGGCAUGUACGCACCCGCGGGUUCGGACACCCCGACGGACGGCUUGCCGAAGCGCAGGCCACCGCCUGACCGUGAGAGCCUCCUGGGCCCGUACGGUGUGGACGAGUACAUCUUUGACGCUGCGGAUGCGGAGAUACUGCUUGCGUAUCGCCCCGAACUUACCAACGAGCUGCUGGAGCUGAUCACGGGGAGGCAAUUCUCCCCCUUGGCCCCUUUAGCACGUAAACCGGCACUGAUUGUAGACCCCUGGAGGCCUGAAGUGAUGACCUUGCUCCACGAAAUCACCUUGAGCUUCCUCGAGCAUUGCGUCCUUCCGCAUCGCGCCCACAGCGCCGCCUCCACGGCAGGGCCAGCGAUAUUUCCCGAGCACAACAAAACGUCGCCACAUCAUAAUAAACAAGGCCUGACUUUUGAUGGGAUCCUACUGUCGGUCUUUGCAGGGACAUGGCCGCAGCAGAUUACCGGUCUCAAGCUGGAGCCCAUCGGCGGCAGGAUUCGGGCGUUCCUCAACCGCCGUUCGGGCAACAUCCCUGUCGAGUUUGACGACGAGUGCCUGAUGGGACUCGCGCGCGUUGCAGCACACAUCUUUACUUCAGCCCUUGACGCGGCAGACAGCAUGACUCUGGACAAUGAGAGUCUCAUGAUGGAGACACGCGGAGCGGAGGAUGUCUAUAUUCUUCCGUACUAUGUGAGGCUGGCGCUCUACUACGAUGAGGUGCUCUUGGACAAAGUCCAAUAUUCAGCCUUUUAUUGGUUAGGAGCAGAGCCGAGUUGA